AUGCUCGCUCCGCUCGCAAUCAUCGCCCAGAAUGUGGGAUUUUGCGUAUACAAAGGCUUGCUCUCUGCGAGCUCCAAAGAGUUCGAGAACACGUUGACCCUUGCGAGGCCUUCGGAACACCCGGCGGACUGCCCCAUGGUUCAUGUCACCGAUACGGCCGCUGAGAUGCGGUCACUGCUCACGGUCCUCCUAGAUGCCAGGCGGUAUUUGCGUCGCGAACACCUCGGAUUCGAAGACGUCGCGAACUGUGUCCGGCUCGCACACAAGUAUGUGAUCAAGGACCUCCUCGAUGAUUCACUGGAGGAGAUCCAAAAGUACUUUCCUUCCACAUUUUGGGCCUGGGAGCGCAGGAAAAAAACUCCGAAGCUGGGGCACGCGAUCAUCGCCGUCAACUUGGCGCGCCUUACAGACACAACGUCGAUAUUACCUGCCGCGCUCUACGUGUGCUGCCAGAUGGGAGGCUCGCAAAUUAUCCGGGGUAUGGUUCGCAGAGACGGCGUCGUGGAAACCCUAGCCUCGGACGACGUCGAGCGGUGCAUCGACGGCAAAAUACAGCUCAGCAUCCGUGCAUCUGGCUUUAUUCACGAAGUCUUUUCCCGCUGGAAAACUGCUCACUUUGUCAAUGGCUCCGUGGACAGUGGCGCCACUCGGUGCUGUAGAUCUGCAACCUCCCUGCAGGCCCAGUGUUAUCAGAACACUGUUGGUCUGUCCAACCUCCUCGGCUCACGAGGUAGCAGUAUACGUGCUGCUGGUUCUGCUGGCGGCUCUACGCGCCUCUGCGCACGGUGCAUCUCACUUAUGUGUGAGAAGGAGGCGAAUUUGCGCGAAGCUUUGUGGUCUGAGCUACCACGACUCUUCGGCCUAGUCAAGGGCGGAGACAUAGGCCAUGGCGAGGAUGACACAAGCGAAGUAGACUCCGACUCGAGUUUAGAUGACGAGUCGGAUAGUGAUUAACAUUGCACACUUGCACACUGCUAGAGGCAAGUUUAUGAUGAUCCUCCCGUCAGUCCGUAGGCUCUGACUGAUAUCUUCUGUGUAGCCAAACACAGUACUUACAGAUACCUGAGUGCCGAAGCGCUUGAGUUCUGACGGUGUCAGAUCGGGGCUCUGCAUCCCUGGUUGUUUGUGAUGUACUGGGAUAGACGUUUAUGGCAUAUGAUCGUUGGUCUUUUGGGUCGCUCAGCGCUCGUGGUGCAAUUCCUUUUGGUAUGGAUGUGAGGACUCCUGGUCUAUUCUGUGUAGUGUAAGGCUGAAGGUACGCACUUCGACACGUCAGGUACGCAUACUGUGCAGUCCAU